AUGUCCAAUAUAAAAAAAUCAGAAUUAGAAAAAACUGUUGAUAUUCUACUUAAUAACGCUAUUGGCAAAGAUAUUCAAUCAAUUAUGCGACCUUUAAACUUAAUUCAAAACAUUUACUGCGCUCCAAAAUACCGUAUAAAGGAUAAUUUUAUCAUACCGAAUGGCAUUUAUGAAAACUUAAUCUCGUUUAGCGCAGUUCUAGCAUUAUUAAUAAUCUGUGUGAGUAAUAUUGCAUUCAGUUCUUGUCCAAUUAAAAUACUCUCCGCCGAUCUGAUAUGCAUCAGUGAUGUUUUAAAUGAGGUUAUCUCUUUGAUGGGUUUUAUUAUCAACUCCUGGGUAAGUAUCACCCAAAGCAAUAACAACGUGCAAUUAUUAUUGCUAUUGCAAACAAAUCAUCGAUUGAUGGAAUUUGCCGAAAGGGAUGUAAGUCUGUUAAAAAUUAGUAACUGGAUUAAAGUGAUUGCAUUGUAUUCAUGCAGCCUUGGUGUUUAUACGUCUUUGCAUAUGUACUUCCACAUCCCCUACAUACAUACAGUAUUUUUUGACGUCAUAGUAUUGUGUUUUGACAUGAACAUGGUGUAUGCUAUAUUCAUAAUGAAGUUAAUCGUUAAGAACUUGAUUCAUUGGCAUAAAGAAAUCCAGAAACCUGAAAAUGCUUUGAUUUUGUAUAAGGACAGAAUGUUUCAUUUAUACAUGAAUAUAAUGCUGGCAUACAAACUGUUCAAGAAGGCGUUUCAACUCUUGGUGAGUAGUAGUAUACAUGAUUUUUAUUAA